AUGUCAACUACCAAACUCAACUCUGACAGCCAUCACAUUCAGUCCUACGGCGCAAUGACCCCGUCGACGAGCUAUGCCCGCUCAGUAUCAGAAUCAGAAACGGACACAGAAGAUCUUCCAGGACUUCCGCCGACGCGGCGCUCGUCGUUGUCGAAGCAUCUGGACUCUGAGGUCGACCCAGCGAGAGCCACUGGCAUUCUGGCCGCAUUCUGCUUCAUGACGGGCUUCAUCGAUGCGAUCUCUUUCUCUGCCGUCUUUGUGUGGUGUGGAUUUCAAACUGGGAAUUUCGUGCAGCUUGCUUUAGCCGUUGCCAAAACGUUUGAAGGGCCUUCCUCGACCCCGCAGGAUACCGCGUUCCGGAACCCCGAUCAACACGCUCUUUGUUCCUUUCUGACCUUCCUCUUGGGGGCCUUCUUGGGACGCAUUGGUGACCGCAUCGGACCCCACAAACGCCGUUGGCUCGUUUCCGCAACUUUCGUUCAGUCCUUACUGACGAUGGCCGCCGCCAUCACCAUUUGGAAGAGUAGCCAAGAUUCCAGAGACGGACCUACACGUUUCAGUAUUGCCGACGAACGCGGCGACCCAGCGUGGACCCAUGCACUAACCUUCGCAUGCAUCGGGUUCAUGAGUGCAAGCAUGGGUCUUCAGGGCGUUGUUGCUAAACGCCUUAACACCGAGUUUGCCGCCAGUAUCGUACUGACUACCGUUUGGAUUGAGCUCAUGAAUGAUCCUCGUCUGUUCCACAUCAACCGGUCGGUUGUUUCUCGAGAUCACAAACUCAUCUUCAUAACGGCUAUCUUCACCGGCGGCUUCAUCGCGCGAGCCUUGCUUCACCAACUCGGUGCCGCAGGAACGCUAGGUAUAGCCACUGGGAUUCGUUUCCUCAUCGCCUUGGCUUGGCUCUUCGUGCCUGGAAAGAAGGGCACUAACAACCCAAAAUGA